CGCCGGCACGACGCCUCAUUUCAACUUCAACGUUCAACGUUUCACUUGUCCCGACGAGCAGUCAAACAGACACGUUCACAUUUCAGGCUUGAGCUAGCUUUCGACUCUUCCAAGUUUUACCUGUUAUUUUUCGUUGAAGAAUCUCUUCUUCUCUUGCUUUACCAUGGGCGGUGCUGGCUGGCUAUUCCUCUUCUCGGUCCUUAUGGCCGCAGGUCUACUCUUCACGAUGGUUUUCUUUAUCAUAAUGUUCUCCGACUUAGAAUGCGAUUACAUUAACCCUAUAGACCUAUGUAACAAGCUCAAUCAAUUUGUCUUGCCAGAAAACAUCGCACACGCUUUCCUGACAUUUUUGUUUCUAAUUUCGGGGCAAUGGAUUGCGUUCCUUUUGAAUUUGCCGUUGGUUGUGUACAAUGCAAAUAAAAUACGGAACAAAAAUCAUAUGUACGACGCGACCGAAAUUUUCCGCACGUUGUCUGGACACAAAAAAGAGAGUUUUAUGAAGUUAGGGUUCUAUCUCCUCUCGUUCUUCUACUAUCUUUACCGGAUGAUCGUGGCCCUCAUUUCGGAGAGCGAGUGAUCACCCUGUGCUCUUACCACACAGGGCGAAAGGAGGGGCAAGUUGGAUUGUAAGGGGAGGACUACUAGAAUGAUCUCAUGAGCGAAAGGGACGCGUCACGAUGCAGCAUGUUAGCGGUCAAUUUAAUUCUUGUUUAUUAUAUCAACCUUUUCCAACCUCAUUUCACCAUAUCCGAUGCGAUCCGGCUACAGUGACUAAAAACUAAGCCCAUUUUCGUAACUAGGCUUACGAUUUUUUCCUUCUGUCAGGAAGUUGUGGAGAAGACCUUGGUAGUUGGGUCAUUGGUAGGGCUAGUGUGGUUGACUGAGCUGGUUGCGGAUUGUUAUUGGUUCACUUUAAAUGGUUUCUUCUAGUUGUUCCAAAUAUUCGUUCUCCACUCCCUUGGACUAGUCGCCAUGUAUCCAAACGUGUGGGUCAUACAUGGCAUUCUUAUGCAAGGUAGGACACCAAAAAUUCAACCUAAUCAGUUGC